GAUCUAAAAGCUACCAAAGUGUCCAAAGCCAAAGAAUCACAGCCCAGCACAGCACUUCUCUUCAAUCCCACCAGCCAAAGAAAUCCAUUCAAAGUGCUAGACAAGAACUAUAAGCCAGCGUUCUGGAAAGAAAUGAAUCAAGGAAAAGAGGAAAAUAAAGCCAAAGAAGGAAAAGUAGAGAAGGAGAGCAUGCUGGUGUCACAUAAAGGAAAAAAAUCAACUUCUGUUUCCUCCACAGAGAUGGAACCUCUAGAAGGGCUGAAAACUAAAAAUAAACCAUCCACAGGAAGUACAAGUGAUCCAGAAUGUAAGGAGACUACAGUGUCCGAAUCUAAACUUGGUCUUUCUGGGGCCCAGCAAGGGAAAAAUGCUCUUUGGGAGGAAGAGAAAUAUAGUGGCAAGGAAUCCAAGAAGUCUUCUGAACGUGUGAACAAAGAGCCAGUCGAGAGAUCAAAACUCUCUCCACUAAGUCUUGGACAGCAAAGUACAAGUACCAAGCCUUCAGGGGAGGAGCCACUUGGAGGAAAAAGCUUAAAAAGCUGUGGGGAUAAAGAAACAAGAGAAAAAAAUUACACUGGUCAGAAAAAUGGAGAAAUGAAACUGAUGCAUAAAGAUGAUGCCGUUUCCCCAGGAGUACCACAGCCAGCACCGCAGCACACUGCCCUGAUGGGAGGUGCAGGGUCAGUGCUGCCCAAGGCAGGAAUCAGGCCAGGGCUGGGACAGCCUGCUGGGGAAACUUCUGGCAGUGACAGUGACAAACUAGAAUUUGUUUGUUCCACAUCAGGCAAAAGUAAGCCUGAGAAAUCAGUUGACAUUGCUUCAGGAAAAUCAGGAAUGAGUAUGCGGGGGACAUCCUUGCCAGGAGCAGCAGCAUUACAUCAUGUGGAAGGACCCCAGGACACUAAAGCACUCCAUAACCAUCUUGUAGUCCAGCUGAAGCAGAAGAAGGGUAUAUUGACUACAGUGAACAUUCAGCUGCUGCCAGAUAAAGGGGAACGGUUAUUAAAGCAAGUGCAGGAUUUGGAAGCUGCACUCAGUGCUUGUAACAUUUCCACAGCAGAUACAACUGAAAAAGGGCCGGACAGCACAAGCAGCAGCUGCUGUGAAGAAUUUUUGCUUAACCCAUUGGGCAGGCCAGAAGGUACAAAGCUGAUAGCACCACUACCACUCCAGGAUCCUACAGCAAAGACCUCUUCAGGCUCACGUCACCCUGUUGCUACUGCUACUUCCAGUGGAUAUUGUGGCCAGAGUUUUGGAAUGAACUUUGGCAUGCAGAAGCUUUAUGGGGGAAGAAUGACAGAAGACCGAAUCAGGGCUGUACACAGUGCCACAAGUGAGGCUAUUAAUCAUCUUCACAAAUCUCUAGAAUCCUGUCCAACAGACCAGACAGCAGCUGAAGAUCCCUCUGGAUUGAAGGUUCCACUGCUGCUGCACCAAAAACAGGCACUCGCAUGGCUGCUCUGGAGAGAGAGUCAGAGGCCAUGUGGAGGAAUUCUGGCGGAUGACAUGGGCUUGGGGAAGACUCUAACGAUGAUUGCUCUCAUUCUGGCCCAGAAGCAACUGAAGACAGAGAAAAGGAAGGAGACAUUAGAAAUAUGGAUCUCCAAAAAUGAGUCCACUGUUGUCCCUUCCCACAGUACUUUAAUCAUUUGUCCAGCAUCCUUAAUCCAUCACUGGAAGAAAGAGAUUGACAGACGAGUGGCAUUUGGCAAACUGAGGGUCUAUUUGUACCAUGGACCAAACAGAGAUAAGCAUGCAGAGGUGCUUUCUGGAUAUGAUGUUGUUGUCACAACCUACACCCUUCUCUCCAAGGAGGUUCCCACGAGCAAAGAGGAGGGUGAAACUCCUGCUGAGGACCAUGAUGUGGGGAGUGGGGCAUCUCCUUGCUCCCCUCUGCUCAGGGUAGCUUGGGCUCGAGUUAUAUUGGAUGAAGCUCACAAUAUUAAAAACCCAAGGGUUCAGACCUCUAUAGCUGUGUGCAAACUGAGAGCCACUGCCAGAUGGGCUGUCACUGGGACACCAAUACAGAACAACUUGCUGGACAUGUACUCUCUCCUGAGGUUUCUACGUUGCUCUCCUUUUGAUGAAUACAAAGUGUGGAAGUACCAAGUAGAUAACAACACAAUGAAGGGAGGAGAGAGGCUAAGCCUCUUAACCAGGAGCCUCUUAUUGCGGAGAACUAAGGACCAGCUGGAUUCAGCUGGCAAACCCUUGGUAUCUCUGCCCCAGCGUAGCACACAGUUGCAUCAGUUAAAACUUUCAGAAGAGGAGCAGUCUGUGUACAAUGUGCUCUUUGCAAGAUCCAGGUCAACACUGCAAUCCUACCUAAAGAGACAAGAGCAGAAAAAUGAAGGCAGAGAGUAUGCUGGUGGUAACCCAUUUGAGAGAGUUGCACAAGAGUUUGGAAUCAGUCAGAAGGAAUUCCUAGCAAGCUCACAAAGUGCCUCCCAGGUCUCAAGUACUGUCCACGUCUUGUCCAUGCUCUUGAGGCUCCGUCAGUGCUGCUGCCAUCUCUCCUUACUGAAAGUGGCUCUGGACCAAGUUAACUUGAACAGUGAAGGCCUUUCCCUCUCCAUUGAGGAACAGCUUGGUGCUUUGACACUGUCUGAGCUCCAGACUCCUGAUUCCAAGUCAACAGUCUACCUCAAUGGCACAGCUUUUAAAACAGAUACUUUUGAAAUCACCAGGGAGAGCACCAAGAUAGCUCACCUCUUGGCUGAACUGAAGACUAUUCAGAGUCACUCAGAGUCUCAGAAAAGUGUUGUUGUCUCUCAGUGGACGAGUAUGCUGAAAGUUGUGGCUGUGCAUCUCCAGCGACUGGGGCUCAAGUAUGCAACAGUGGAUGGUUCUGUCAAUCCUAAACAGAGAAUGGAUAUGGUAGAAGAGUUCAAUAACAAUCCCAAAGGGCCUCAGGUAAUGCUGAUCUCAUUGCUGGCUGGAGGUGUUGGCCUGAACUUGACUGGAGGAAACCAUCUCUUUCUCCUCGACAUGCACUGGAAUCCUGCUCUUGAGGACCAGGCAUGUGACCGCAUUUACCGUGUUGGGCAGCAGAAGGAUGUUGUGAUACACAGGUUUGUCUGUGAAGGAACUGUAGAAGAAAAGAUCCUACAGCUUCAGAAGAGGAAGAAAGGUCUUGCCCAGCAGGUUCUGUCAGGCAAAGGAGAGGCGUUCACCAAGCUCACUCUGGCUGACCUCAAAAUUCUCUUUGGCAUCUAAUUAUCCUUUGCAAUACCCAACAGAAAGUGAUACAUACCUACAAGUAAUUCUGCAGACUUCAACAAAGGACUGAUGUUUUUAGGUGGUCAUUUAAUUUGAACCAAUAACUACAUUUUAAUGUCAGUUCUGGGAAGUUAACAACUUCAGGAAUUUAAUACUGAAAUUAGAUCACAUAUCCAAAGGUUAAUAAAGUU